AUGACCAUAAUCUCAAAUGAUCCCACUUGGUGGCCGCUCAUCCAUGCAUAUCGUUUUUACAGCUAUUUUUCACCGCCUUUGUUGCAGUCAUCACUUACAUUCGGACAAGAGGUAGAAUUGAUCUGGAGACAACGAUGGUCCAUAAUGACAGCUUUGUAUCUUGGUGCGCGUUACCUUGGAAUCUUAUUUUCUGCACUGUGCAUAUUUAGCUGGAUUAUCUACGUUAUAUGCAAUUGGACGGGUGUUGUAGUAUCUGCGAUGCUGUGGGUCAUCAUCAUCACUCGGUUGCAUGCGAUGUAUCAAGGAUCCAGAAAGAUCCUGAUAUUUCUCAUUGUCACCUUCCUGGCUAACAACAUUUUCGACGGAGUAGUCGCCAUAACGACAACGAUGCAUACUUCAGGAGAGGAACUCAUUCUCUCUGGCACUUAUCAGUGCCAGAUUAAUGCUUCUAUGGAAGACAUCAUAUUUCUCAAUUCCAUUACUUGGAUACUCACCACCGCGUGGGAGGUCCUCACGCUAUGUCUCGCAGUCUGGAUUGUGGUAAGACAUUUCCGUGAACUGCAACAACAUUCGACAGGAGGGAUUAUGGAGGACUGUUUCACGGUGUUGAUGAGAACUCACAUCGUUUACUUUGCGAGCUUUGUUGCUGUUUCUUGCUCCCAUCUCAUUCUCAAUUUCUAUCCAACAUUCUUCACGAGUAUUUCCUUGGCCCCUCAGAUUAUUGCUGGGUUUCUUCAGAUUUUUGGGGUCGUACAGAUGUUUGUGUUGGGACCGCGCCUGAUCCUUGGUGUUCGAGAAUACCACGCCAAGCUCGUGGCCGAUUCUGACGUAGCAACUGGUAUGAGCUCAAUCGCUUUCCAAGAGCGCGUGGAAAUAUCGACUGGUAGUGGUGUGUGAUACUCGGUGCAGUCACCGAUUGUCUAGUGCCCUCCAAAGAGCAGGGGAAUUUGCUUUUAUUUAAUCUCACUUUCUUGCAGUAUUGAUCGAAGUUAUUUGGUGUUCCAAAGUAGAUUUCAAGGAGACAUAAA